CACACCACGCAGCCUCAGUUUACGCGGUUGUAUUUUGUUUCCUGCUCGUAGCGGCGCUCCUCUGGUGCCUGAUCAUGAAAUAAACUGCGCGUUUUGGAUAAAUGUCUGCGGUCAUGGAGGCUUCUUGUAAAACAUCAUCCACCACGGGACGUGAUAAGGAUGUGGAGGGAGCCGCGGGGGUGAAAGGUCAUGGUCCCACCGCGUGUGAUAGUGUCUCGCUACCGUCGUACGCCGAGUACCCUUCCAGCCGACCUCUCCUCAACCCCCGCCUCCUCGCCAGCCCACGCCCAAUGGCAGCCUUUCCUGAGAGCAGCAGUGCAGCCAUCCUCUCUGCUCUGAGGAACCUGCAAGAGAAGAUUCGCCAUCUGGAGCUGGAGAGGAGUCAGGCCCAACAGCACCUUCACCAGCUCAACCAGGAGAACACACACACACACACUAGCACAGACCUGGAGUGUCAGUUGGCAGCUGCUGAGUCUCGUUGCCGGUUGCUGGAGAAACAGCUGGAGUACAUGAAGAAGAUGGUUCGCAAUGCGGAGAGUUCUAGAACAUCUUUACUCAAACACCAGGUGUCAUUGGAGAAGGCAGGGGUUGUGGAGCAGGAAGAAGUUCGUCAGAAACUGGAGAAGCUGGACCUCUUAGAACAAGAGUACCAGAGACUGACACACACACAGAACCAUGCAGAGACUAAGAUUCGUGACAUCGAGAAGAAACUUCUGGAAGAAGAACAUCACAGGAAACUCAUGCAGGACAAAGCAGCUCAGUUACAGACGGGGCUGGAGGCCAAUCGGAUCCUCCUUCAGUCAGUGUCACCACGCCCACACAAGCCUGCAAAACCCAAGAAGAAAAAGAAGAAGGCCGUGCGGCAGCAGCAGUGUUCCUCAGAUCCGCACUACAGGCUGAGUCUCAGAGAUGUUCCCUUCGUCACUGGAACGUCCACAGGUACGAGUCAUUCUGUGCGCGCUAACGUUCAGCAUGUCCUCCACCUUAUGAAGCAGCACAACCGGCAGCUGUGUAACACCAGUGUGCUCGGAGCCACGCCAUUGGCCGCCUCAAGUUCCCGCCCACCAAAAUCAGCCAAUGGAAAGGGGUCGGCCGGGCAACAAAGCAGUAGCUCCUCCUCCUCCUCUUCUUCUUGUGAGGAUCUGUCCGAGCUCUUGGUGGCGCUACAGGACGAGUUCGGACACAUGAGUGUUGAGCGUCAGGAGUGUGUGUGUCAGCUGCAGCGCUGUGGGUCCUCCAGGGUGAGGAUGGAGCUGGAGAGAGAACAAGAGAGACUGCUCAAGAGGAUGGAGGACAAGGGGGAACAGAUAGCCACACUACGCAGACACCAGACACAGGUGGAGCGCUUGCGGAGAGAGUGCCGGGGGAGGCGGUCGAAAGGGGGGGAGGUGCGGGUGGUUACCACGGUGAGCGCAGGAGGGGGCGUGCGCCUGAAAUCGCCACAGCGACCGGGAGUGCGUUCCAGAGACAGCCUCCGCCUGCUCAAAGACAUGCGAUCGUUACAGAACUCACUGCAGACACACUAACACACGUGUGUGUGUGUGUGUGUGUGUGUGUGUGUGUGUGUGUGCGUGUGCGUGUGUGUGUGUG